AUGUUAUCCCGGGCCUGCAGAUUGGUAUCGAAAAAUGUGCUUUGCGAGAGAAUAGUUUGCGUGCAGGGAGGGAUAUCUAACCACAGGAACCGAUCACGCGAUUACCAUGUUGCAACGGGGAAUAGCCCUUCCGUUUCUAUUCUCAGUCCACGCACACCCUUUGCCCAUCGCUUCAGCUCCGUUCAGCCACUAACAGCGGCAGUACUGGCACGGAGUCUAAGUACCGGCGAUGGCGAUAAGACGGCACUGUUGGAUCAUAUUCCGGAACCGCCAGCCAUUCCUGUACCGGGCGCUCCCGAGGUGGCGGAUAUUGUGGCCGGUGCAGAACCAACAUUCGCCUCCAUCGGCCUCGGCGGAUGGACUCCCGUGGGAAUAGUACAGAACUGUAUGGAGUUCCUACACAUCGGUCUCGACCUACCGUGGUGGGGAUGCAUCGCUAUCGGCACGGUCGUCGUGCGGACUCUGCUGUUCCCGCUCGUCAUUGCGUCCCAGAAAAAUGCAGCCAAAAUGAACAACCAUAUGCCACAGAUGCAGGUGCUACAGAUGAAAAUGACCGAAGCGCGGCAAGCGGGCAAUGCCAUCGAUGCGGCCCGCUACGGCCAGGAGUUGGUACUGUUUAUGAAGGAGAAAAAUCUGAAUCCACUGAAAAAUAUGCUGGUACCGCUAGCGCAAGCACCCAUCUUUAUCUCCUUCUUCAUGGGCCUCCGAGAGAUGGCCAACACGCCCGUUGAUUCGAUGCGCGACGGAGGACUGUUCUGGUUUACCGAUCUCACCGUUUGUGACCAGUUCUACGCCCUACCGGUCAUCACCAGCCUAACGCUGUUCCUCACGAUCGAACUAGGCACGGACAGUGCGCGGAUGUCGGCGGCAAACAUGCAGGUCGCCAAGUACAUUCUUCGUGCCUUGCCCUUGUUUAUCUUCCCGUUCACGAUCAACUUCCCGGGCGCUAUCCUGUGUUACUGGGCGUGUAGUAACUUCUUUUCCCUGGUGCAAGUCGGCUUCUUGCGAAUACCACAGGUGCGCGAUUAUUUCAAAAUCGACCGAAUCGUGGCACAUCGGCCAGAAACGCUCCCGAUGAAAAAGAAAGGAUUCACCGAGGGUGUAAAAGACUCCUGGACGAACAUGAAAAUCAGUCGGGAGUUGGAGGAGCGCGCACGCAUUGACGAAAUCCGUUUCCAGAAAGCCGGCAAAGGACCUCUGGUGAAAACAUACAAAUACGAUCCGACGGCGUCGCGAACGGCACCGGCCGGCACGGUGAAUGCGAAAAAGCGGUAAUCAGCCGCUAAACCG